ACAUUUUAUUGGACAACUCCUAUCAUGUCAUACGACAAUUCCUAAGCUACAAGAAAAAUUAUUUAUAGGCAUUUCAGUGGAAAUCAAAGAAUAAGUUAUUUUUGUUUUUUCCAGCUUACACGAUGGUUCAGGACGACCGAAAGGAGAAUGCCUUUGAACGAUCCAAUUCACUCUUGUACAACUUUUUCGAUAAGCCUGUGACUUGGUUUCAUGAUGUGAUUGUGAAGCCGAAUCAAAAAUCCUACCCAUGGUACCAUCAAAAAUUUCGACGUGUACCGACGAUUGAUCAGUGCUACACAGAUGAUGCUGUCUGCCAAUUUGAAGCUGAUGCCCAAUUCAAGCGAGAUCGUCAGGUAGAUAGCGAAAUUCUCAAUAUUCUGCGUCAACGUUUCGAGGAUUGUGUUCACUACGAGACUCCUGAUCACAAGACAAAGUGCGCUGACAUCCUGGAGACAUACAAUAAAGCUGCAGAGCAUUGGUUUAUCAAGUAUGGUGAUCUUGGUUUCUAUGGCCAGUCCAAGGCAGCCUACAUGAAGCAGAAGCACAGGAUGAUCUGGGAAAGACGUCACGGUCCCGUGGGCUCUGGAAUGAAAACUCAAGAAUCCAAUGACCACUAGAGAAAAAAAAGGUGGAGCGUGGAAAAAUGCUCUUUUCGAGGUCAAAAUUCUUUGAUUUAGUCCAGAUAUCUAAUAAAAUAUUAGAAAUUUAA